AUGGGGCAGCAUGAGAAAAAAUUUGAAAAAUUCCUGGAGAUGUUUAAGAAACUUGAGUUAAACAUUCCAUUCCUGGAGGCAUUAGAACAAAUGCCUACAUAUGUCAAGUUCAUGAAAGACACCAUCUCCAAGAAAAGGACCACCGAUCGUGACCCAAUUAUUCUAACGGAAACUUGUAGUGCUAUUUUGCAGGGUAUGAAGAUUCCGGUGAAAAAGAAGGACCGAGGCUCUGUAACUAUUCCUUGUACCAUUGGGGAUAGAUCAUUUAAAAAGGCUCUUAUUGAUUUAGGAGCAAGUGUUAGCCUUCUGCCGCUGUCCAUCUACAAGAGAUUGGGAAUUGGUAAAGUUCAGGAUACAAGAAUGACACUCCAAUUUGCAGAUCAUUCCGUAAAAAGACCUUACGGGAUAGUAGAAGAUGUGCUCGUCAAAAUUGACAAGUUUGUGUUUCCAGUGGAUUUUGUAAUCUUAGAGAUGCCAGAGGAUGAAGAAAUUCCGAUCAUUUUGGGGAGACCAUUCUUAGAGACCGGGAGAUGUUUGAUAGACAUAGAAGAAGGUACGAUGACCUUGAAGGUGUACGAUGAAGAGUUGAAAAUUGAUGUGCGAAACACCAUGAAAUACAAGGAUGAUGUUGCUACUAGUCAACAUAUUGAGGUGAUUGAUCAAAUUGUUAACAAUGAGAAUGCUUUGAAGUCACAAAAAUUAGCUUUAGAAAGAGUGUUGAGUUUAUCAAUUUUUAACGAAGCUGAAGAGGUUGACGAAAAAGAGAUAGAAGUGUUGAAUAUGAUGGAAGCAAAACCGUUCUUUAAAAGUUCUUGA